GGAUAGAACCAGGGGCGGGCGGCCGGGUAUGGAGAGCGUCCCCGGGAGCUUGCACCCGCUAGAACACAAAGCGGGGGUUGAGCCUGCGCCGGGGACGGGUUCUCCGCAGGAAGGGCUACGGGAGACCAAGCUCGCUGCUGGGGAUGGUCCUGGGGUAUGUGCGGCGGAGAGCAGCGCCGGGAAUGGGCAGGGGGCGGCGGCCGCCGGGAGGAGUCUCCCGGACGUGGCUGCUCCCGCCACCUCAUCUCAGGUUCCUGGACCCUGCGGCUCCUUCCCCAGCUUGAACUUGCAGGAGGGCGAUUUUGAGAGUUCUGCAGCUGCGAAGGUUCCUCCGAGAGGGCAGUACAAGGUGACCGCCUCCCCGGAGACAUCUGAGGCCGGAGCAGGACAUGGGUUGGGUCCUACUGGAGACGCGGGACCUAGCUCGGAUCCUGCCGGCACCUGCCGGACUGAGCUGGCAGCUGCCAGCUCCGAGGAGCCCAGCAGCGCCGGCGGCCUCAGCAGCAGUUGCAGCGAUCCGAGCCCUCCUGGGGAAUCGCCGAGCCUGGACUCCCUGGAGUCGUUCUCUAACCUGCAUUCUUUCCCCAGUAGCUCAGAGUUCAAUAGUGAAGAGGGAGCGGAGAACAGGGUUCCCGAGGAGGAGGAGGAGGAAGAGGGCGCGGCAGUGUUGCCCAGAGCUGUCCCUCUGUGCGAGGAGGAGGAGGAGGAGGAGGCCGCUCAGGUGCUGGCAGCCUCCAAGGAACGCUUCCCGGGACAGUCUGUCUAUCACAUCAAAUGGAUUCAGUGGAAGGAAGAGAACACACCCAUCAUCACCCAGAAUGAAAAUGGACCCUGCCCUUUGCUGGCUAUCCUCAAUGUUUUGCUUCUGGCUUGGAAGGUGAAACUUCCACCAAUGAUGGAAAUCAUAACUGCUGAACAGCUGAUGGAAUAUUUAGGUGAUUACAUGCUUGAUGCAAAGCCAAAAGAAAUUUCAGAAAUUCAACGUUUAAACUAUGAGCAGAAUAUGAGUGAUGCUAUGGCAAUUUUGCACAAACUACAGACAGGUCUGGAUGUAAAUGUAAAAUUUACUGGUGUUCGAAUAUUUGAAUAUACACCAGAAUGCAUAGUAUUUGAUCUUCUUGAUAUUCCUCUGUACCAUGGAUGGUUAGUGGACCCUCAGAUUGAUGACAUUGUAAAAGCUGUUGGUAACUGCAGCUACAACCAACUGGUGGAGAAAAUCAUCUCUUAUAAGCAGUCAGACAACAGUGAGCUGGUUAGUGAAGGCUUUGUAGCUGAGCAGUUUCUAAAUAACACAGCCACUCAACUGACAUACCAUGGAUUAUGUGAACUAACUUCAACGGUUCAGGAAGGAGAACUUUGUGUGUUCUUUCGGAAUAAUCAUUUUAGCACCAUGACCAAAUACAAGGGUCAGCUGUAUUUGUUAGUAACAGACCAAGGGUUUCUUACUGAAGAAAAAGUUGUUUGGGAAAGCCUACACAAUGUAGAUGGUGAUGGAAAUUUCUGUGACUCAGAAUUUCAUCUGAGGCCUCCUUCAGAUCCUGAAACUGUGUAUAGAGGACAACAAGAUCAGAUAGAUCAGGACUAUCUUAUGGCUUUAUCUCUACAACAAGAACAGCAGAGCCAGGAGAUCAAUUGGGAACAAAUCCCAGAAGGAAUCAGUGAUUUGGAACUAGCAAAGAAACUCCAAGAAGAAGAGGACAGAAGGGCUUCUCAAUAUUACCAGGAACAGGAACAAGCAGCAGCAGCUGCUGCUCCUGCUUCUACACAGGCCCAGGGCCAGCCAGUACAAGCCUCCCCAUCAAGUGGAAGACAGUCUGGGAAUAGUGAACGUAAACGGAAGGAACCUCGAGAAAAAGAUAAAGAAAAGGAAAAAAAUAGCUGUGUCAUUUUGUAACAAGUGUUGGAUUCUGUUGGAACCACCUAUAUAUCUUGUGAAACAAAACCACAGGGAGAAAAAGGAAGAAAAACCGAUAAAUACCGUCUGUGCCUGAUUUCCCAAUGGAUUUUGUUUAUGUUUUUCCGGGGGAAGGUUGUUAUUUAGUUACAAUCAGACUUUUCCAAGUCACACUCUUUAUAAGCUGGAAUUUCAUGUUACAAGUUGGAAAUGCUGUGUGGUCAUUCAUGAAAUAUACUGUACUCGUAGCCAAAUAAGCAAAUCACAGCAAAUUUUGUGUCAUAGUGACAUUCAUAACUCAUUAUCAGUUAGUAAGCUAUUUUAUCUUCUGUUCUAAACAUGGAGGUAAUUGAUUUUGUCUGAUUCCUUCCUGAUAUCUAAAUAUUAGCACAAUAGUUUCUGAACUUAAUUUUUACAAUGUUAAAUUAUGAUCUAAUCUAUGAGAAACCAGGGGUUUAAUAUAGGAAUUUAAAAAGCAAAAAAUAAGACAAAAAAAAUAACAAGAAUAAAUAAUCUUUAAUUGUAUAUUGGACUAGUUCAGCCCUUGAACAGCUUUACCUUUCUUUAGGAAUGUACAUUUUAGAUAUUAUCUUGAGAAUUGAUAAUGGAACUUGGAUUUAAUUUAGAUAGAAAAAAUAGAGACUUGUAUUUCUUUCCAAUAGCAAAAGUUACAUAACACUAAUACUCAUAUCUUAACAAAAUCAGAUAUUAACAGCUUUAUAGUGUUGUGAAAUUUUGAGGAAUUUGGCAAUCUUAACUAUUCGGUAACUGGACCACAGUUACUAUUUAUUGACAGUGUGAUAAGUGUGUAGGGAGGAAACCACAGUGGAUGCUAGGCCUUGUAAAUACGGGGAAUGUGGAAAAGCAGAUGAUUGAGUAUCUGCCUUUUUCUAGAAUUACCUUGAACCUUAAAAUUUAAAUCAUGUUUAUUUGCUAGAAAAUCAAGUAUACUUAUUAAAAUCAAUUUAAAAAGCACAUUCUGAAAGGAAGUUAGACUGAGAAACUCUCUGAGUUUAGUGAAAAGGCAUUAAUAAAAUU